UCUUGACAUCCCUUUACAACCUCCAUCGUCCUCCUAUCGAACCGAGCGAAUCGACACGGAUCCCCAGUGCAUGUGAGAAGCCCACCGAAAUCAUGGCGACGCAGCCGGCGCCGCCGUCGCGAACGAGUAGUGUCGGACCUCAGGGCGGAGCGGGAAAUAUGAGUGCGCCGCCGCCGGCACAAGCUGGCGCUGCUGGUGGGCAGCAGGGAGCGAAUCCGCAGCAGAAUUUGAAUCAGAUUGUCCUCGAAUACCUCAACAAAAAAGGUUAUGCGCGCACCGAGGCCAUGCUCCGGCGGGAGAGCGCCAACACCGAUCCGAGUGGAGCCCCAGUACCCACAUCGAUCGACGAGAUGGGCGGCAAGAAGUACGGCCGCGCAUUCGACCUCACGCAGAACUGGAUCGACAAUGUCCUCGACAUCUACAAACCCGAGCUGAAGCGUCUUCUUUGGCCGCUGUUUGUCUACUCCUUCUUCCAAUGCAUCUCCGACUUCUUUAGCAAAGAUGGACAAGAGUUGUUUCAGCGAUUUCGAGAGCAGUUCGAGGGCGAGCAUACAGAUGAUAUUAGAGCGAUCUCUGCCAUAUUCGAACCGGAGCACUUGACCAGCAAUGACAUUGCGCAGCUGUACCGCAACAACAAAUACCGCUUGUCGCUCAGCAACAUGGCGUUCCAAACGCUCGUCACAUACCUCGAGGCCAAGGACAACGAGGGCGGCAAGAUUGUGCUUAAUAUCAUCCAAGCCAACCUCGACAUUCGGAUAGUAGACCGUGCCGCGACUGGGGGUGAGCGCAGUCUUGGUAAACUUCUCGCGCAACGGGAAGGGAACCUGGACGUUCCAGCAGAAGAUGAAGGAAUACCCGGACACAAUCCCGGAUCCGCCAAUCUCGACCCGAAGGCUCCAGCUGUCCUGUCAAAGCUUUCACUCGGCCCGCUCCCGAUGGAGGCCGAUCUCAUGGAAGAUGUCAAAGCCGAGCUUCAAGAUCACGACUCUGCCAACCCUCCCGCCGCCGGACAAAAUUCGCUUCUGGACGAAUUUGAGCAGCGCAUAAAACGCGAACCACUCGACGACGUACCAACACGAGACGUCCUCCCAUUCCCACCAUCGACUGCAAGAGACGUCGCCAUGGAAGUGCAGAAAGUGAAGGAGAAUCGAGACAGGUUUCGGAUUGAAGGUCGGACAGGCGGCGUUGGGCCCGGUCUCAGCGUCACGAUGUUCACUUUCCACAACACCUUCGACAGCAUCAACUGUAUCGAGUUCUCCGGCGACAACACAUUGGUGGCUGCUGGCACGUCAGAGUCAUACAUCAGAGUCUGGUCUCUCGACAACAAAGCGCUCACCUCUCCGACCGAUCCCGCAUCCUACACACCUUCAUCAUCUCGCCGAUUGGUUGGCCACUCAGGUCCAGUCUACUCGCUCUCCUUCUCGCCAUCCAUCGCUCUUCCCGAACCACAGACCAACGGUCACAGCAACCCCAUCUCGCACGAUUCGCACCCACGAUACCUUCUCUCAUCCUCCGCCGACAACACCAUCCGCCUCUGGUCUCUCGACACAUGGACCAAUCUAGUCGUCUACCGCUCCCACACAUUACCAGUCUGGGAUGUGCGCUUCUCUCCUCAAGGUCACUACUUCGUCUCCGCAAGCGCUGAUCGCACCGCUCGUCUCUGGAGUACACCUCAAAUUGCACCUCUCCGCCUCUUCGUCGGCCACGAUGCCGACGUCGAAUGCGUCGCUUGGCAUCCCAACUCCGCUUACGUCUUCACCGGAUCCGGAGGCGGAGAUCGCACCGUGCGUAUGUGGGAUGUUCAGCGCGGUCAAGCCGUGCGCAUCUUCACUGGACAUACUGGCAACGUCACUGCGCUGAUGUGCGCUCCGAAUGGACAAGUCGUCGCCAGCGCGGACGAUCGUGGUGAGAUCUUGCUGUGGAACAUCGCCACCGGCCGACUUGAAAAGCGCAUGCGCGGCCACGGCCGAGGCGGAAUCUGGAGUCUUGACUGGAGCGUGGAGUCAUCUGUUCUCGUCUCCGGUGGCGCAGACGGCACAGUGCGAGUCUGGGACAUUCAAGCCAACAAGGACGCACAGGGUAAAGUCGUGGGCGAAGGCGGCGCUGGCACGAAGAUCGAUGGCGCGGGUGGCGUGGGUGGUGCGGCUGGUGCAGCGGGUGGGAAGGGCAAGAAGAAAGAUGUGGUGGUGUCGCCAGAUCAGAUCUCGGCGUUCCCGACGAAGAAGAGUCCCGUGUAUCGGGUCAGGUUCACGCAGAUGAAUUUGGUUAUGGCGGGUGGUGCGUAUUUGCCGUAGAGGGGGCGGAGGUGUAUGGUAUGGAGAGAAGCGCGUGCGGUGUAAGUCUAUUGGGAAUUGUAAUGUGCUUCGAGAAUCACAGAACCAGCCGAGCGAAUGCACAUUGAUUCGACAGUCC